CUGUGAAACACAUUCAAGCGCACUACAAAGUAGUACAAACCACCUAGUCUCCCGUAGGCAGUCCCAAUAGAAGGAAGACAGUCGUUCCUUCUGUAGUACUACAAACAUGGAUGUGCUCGACGAAGAGGUCGAAUCGAUAUUAUAUAUUGGGAGAGAAGUCUCAGUCUACAAGAUCCCCCAUCUGAAGGCCAACGAGGGACAUCGUGCUAACGACUGGGGAGACCUUGCACAGCCUCUAUGGAAAGGUAGGCUGCGCAUUGUCGAGAAGUCGACUGGUGCAGCGCUGAUGUUUGAAGAUGCUCAGACGGGCGAAUUGUUCGCCCGCGCACCUUAUGACGCUCUUAAGCCAUGCGUGGAAUCCGUCCUUGAUUCAUCCCGAUAUUUUGUAAUCAGGGUAGAGGAUACUGGCAAGAAGGCCUAUAUUGGGAUGGGAUUCGCUGAGCGAACAGAUAGCUUUGAUUUCAACGUUGCAUUGCAAGAUUACACCAAGCGUUUGAAGGCUGCUUUGAGCCCUCCUAGCCCCUCUGAGGAAACCCCUUCUCCUCAUAUCCCGGUUGGUCCAAAGAAGGACUACUCUUUGAAAGACGGCCAGACGUUCUCUAUAUCCAUUCCGGGAAAAGCUAGUAAAUCAUCAACACCUGGGACCAAUUUGCUAGGUUCCUCCACCCAAAGCACUGGUACCUCGGGGGGAGCAGUACCGCUAUUGCCGCCCCCGCCUUCAUCAGGAAGGAAGAGAUGAUCUUGUACGACCCGAAGUAUUUUGGUAUUUAUCGUACCUACUGUCUUCCAUGAAGACCGAAUUUGCACCAAAAAUAUACACAUUCAAGACAAACGUUCAGAUAUUAUCUCUCUUGGGCGGCAGCUCCUGGAUUUU